AUGAAUCCAUUAGACGAAAUUAGCAUCAAGGAAUUCGUGCUUGAUUCAUAUUCAAAUGGCGAGUUCAGCAAAUUCUCAUUUGGUGACGUGGAAGAGCAGUACACCUGCAUCAUAUUCUACCCACAGGACUUCACAUUCGUCUGUCCAACUGAGCUAAGGAAGAUCUCGGAACUCAACCAGCAGUUUCUGGACCUGAAGACACGGGUUGUCUGCUGCUCGAAUGAUUCAAUUCACUCCCACAAGGCGUGGUCAAAUCGAUCUGUUCACGAUGGUGGAUUGGGGCCAAUGAGCAUUCCAAUGCUCAGUGACAAGAACAACAAGCUGUCGAAGUAUCUUGGUCUCUUCAACGAGAAGGAGGGCUACGUCUGCAGGUCCACGCUGAUCUACGACAACAAGAAUGGGACUGGGAAGUAUCUCAGCGUGUACGACGAUGCCAUUGGAAGGUCGUCCUUUGAGUUGAUGAGGCUGCUGGAGGCAUUCGACUUCAACGAGGUGCAUGGGAACGUAUGUCCAAUUGACUUCAAACGAGCUAAUUAA